GCCCUGCAGCGCCAGCAGGGAUGUAAGUUCUGAGGCACAUAUUUGUAGCUGACUAAAUUUUCUGUUAGGUUUGUACAUGUGUGAUAUGAUGAAAGACGGGCCCUCUCUGUGAGCUGGUCUUGUAGGCUGUGUGGAGACGGGCUGUAAUCUGGAGCACAUAAUUAGAGAUCUCUGUGAGAAGCAGGGGGAAAAUAGGGACUCGCCCUGUGGAGAACAUAAAAUCCCACUAACUGUCAACGUACAAAAAGUGGUCUUGUCCAUUUUAGAGAAUACUGAUUCAACUGUGUGUAAUGUUAAGGGGGAAGUGAGUACUUUGUCUUUGAUAUUGAAGAAAGUACUGCAGAUGUUGUGCUACUCCAGUACUUUAAUCCUGCACAAACAUUGACCACAUUUCGGCUGAAUUUUGUGUUUGACCUAAUCGCUCAACUUUCAGAUUUGCCACGUGAACCAGUAACUCUGUGAUUGUGAACAAUUAGGAAAUAUCAAUAUGUAGUGGACAAAGAUGUUACCCUCAUAAAUAUCUCCAUCAUAUUUAAGGUUUAGGAACAAAUAAGGAAAAUACAUGCAGUACGGCAGCCCCUAACUGUCCCUCCAUUCUAGACUGGCCAAAGCAUCCACCAUGAUCCCACUUCUGGGAGAGGAGAAUUUAUGUAAAGCGGUACGGGGAGGGGAUGGAAGUGUAGAGGGAUGGACGUCUUUCUGCAAUCAGCAGGCUUUUUUAGAACUGGAGAAACAACUUUCAGUAUACUAGAAGUUACAGGAGAGGGUGGCAACUUGGAUGCUCCCUCUUUUUUCCACCCCUCAAUUUUCUUCUGCUCUCUCCCUCCCUCUCUCUGCUGUUAGAAUCCCUCUACCAUUCAGUCCAGAGGAAACACUUCAGCCAGACAGCAUCUGAUCCUGAAGGAAAGAUGAGUUACCACUUGAUUCUUCACUUGGCAUGUGUGAGCAUGGUUCUGCUCUGGGGUCAUGGGUAUGCAGUGCAUGUGCCCCUGGUCUAUAGAAUUUCCAUGGAUGGCAGUGGUGACGGAGGGGAGCCGGAUCUCAUUAUCCCUGUCGAUGGCCCCCACCACCCUCUCUCCCCCAUCGAUGUCGAUGUCGCCCCCGUCGAUGUCACCCCCGUCGAUGUCGCCCCCGUUGAUGUUUCCCCCACCACUACCCUAGCCCCCACCCUGGUCAGCACCAUCACCAACACCAUCACCAUCACCAUGAUCCGCCUGAAGGACUUUAUGCUCACCCGGGUGGUGGACUUCCUCCAGGAUAAUAUGCUGAUCAUAAUUGUGGUCACCUCCCUCCUCAUCGUCAUGAUCUUCAUCAUCUGCUGUGCCGCUACCAUGAGCCAAAAGCGCAAGAUGGAGGCCUACAAACCCCCUGCCAACCCACCCAGGAAAUAUAUGGGUGACACAGCUGGCGGAGUCGAACCCUCCAGUGAGGUCCAGAGUAGGGUCUAUGACGGGCCUGAUUUUGCCAGGAGGGUCCAGAUCCAGGGAACCCCCAAGAAUCUGCGCACCCCUUCCACCGCACUGGUGGGGGAAAAGGUGGGUAAGGAGCCCAAACCGAAGGAGGUCCAGAAAGUGAGUGAGGUAGAGGAGGAGGAAACGCGCAGAGUGGAGUCUAAGCACAAAGGCCAGAAGGCUGAGGAGGUGCCGCAGAGCUCCAGCACCAGCCAGCCCAUGGUCUGCACCUGCCACCUGCGGAAGGCAAACCACUAAGUAUAGGUUGGGGCUCCAACCAUGCAAACUAGCAAAAAAGGAGAUUGAGGCCUUUUCUUUUGCAGAGGGAACUCCCUGGGUAUGUCAGCUGCUGUGUGCCAAACUUGUCUGUGGAAUCUGACUCUGUCGGCACCUUUAGCAUACAGAUAUAACUGGGUCUAGUUAGCAUACAAAUGCCUUAAAACAGAAGGAAUUUCAGGUUUGACUGCCAAAAUAUAUAUAUAUUACAGUAUAUGCCAUAUCAUGUCAUAUGUAUAUACAGUACCAGUCAAUAGUUUGGACACAACUACUCAUUCAAGGGUUUUCUAUAUUUUUACAAUUUUUUUUACAUUGUAGAAUUAUAGUAAAGACAUAUAUUUUAGAUUCUUCAAAGUUGCCACCUUAUGCCAUAAGCUUUGCAUACUCUCGGCAUUCUCUCAACCAGUUUCACCUGGAAGACUUUUCCAACAGUCUUGAAGGAGGUCCCACAUGCUAAGCACUUGUUGGC